CAUCAGUGUUUUGAAAACUUGAACUUUGCACCAAGUCUUCAAAUCUGCGUUGAUCGACAGACAGUCCAAGAAACUUCUGAAAACUGAAGGCACUGAAACACCCCAGAGUAGUUGCAGGGCAAGAUAUGGCAUGUCCAUGUUUAAAAAGUUGGUUUAAGUCAAGAAAUGGAAAGUUACCAAGCCUUGCUGCUGAACUAGACUAUCUGAUACCAUUCUGAAGUGUUGGGCAGGGGCUCCAUCAUGCUUUCAUCUGGAAAUAAGUAACAAUCCUUCAGAUCUGAGGCUUGCCUGCUGGUGCCAAGCAGAGAGCCUGUGGUUAGCUCGAGAUCCCUGUACGAUGCAGGUGCAAUUGAAAAGGCUGCUCUUCUAAAGUCCUUUGUGGCUUGUAAGUGGAGAAGAAACUUAUCCAAAUGUUACCUUGUAAUAUUGGCUUUUAAAGAUUUUUAUUCUUUUAACUUUUCCCUUCCCUUGAUAGUGGAAGAAAGGCUAGUAAAUAAUAGCUGCAGUAUGCGACACACACCACCCCCCCGUCCCCAUCCCCCGAUAUCUUUUCUUCGUGUCUUCCCUCUCCCCUCCCCAAAAUAAAGAAAUCGGAAGGACAAAGCUGGUUUGUUUGGUAAAUGAACUGAUCAAAAGAAAACUUGCUGUAGUGGAAAGGUGGCUUCUAGCAGUCGUGCGUUUCCUAAACCGAGAAUUCGAACACCAAGACGAGUUGAAAAUUCUUGGCACGUUAAAAUUUGGAUUGCAGAAAGAAAUUGUCUUGUUACAAGCCACCUUACGCGUCCGCGCUGCAGGGGUGAGGAGCGUGGAGAAACCAGAGCCACUCCGGGCUCCGCGGCUGUCGCUCCAAGCCCCACGCGCAUGCUCGGAAGUGGAGUGUAUGAACAGCGUAGCUGUCUGUUUGGCUGCAGCACCAUUGGGGGAGGGUGGGCAUCUUUGUGGGCUAACGGGGACUGCGGCUUCAAAAUUCAGUAUUGCUUUGUUUCUCAUUGACAACCUGGAUGCGUGUACCACCCUAGGGCAGCCUGAUUGAUUUGGUCGGAUCCAGGUUGAAACCAUUGCGUAGCAGCGUUCGGAAUGGAACGCUCUUUGAGACACUUGGUUCUCAGCCCACCAAGCGGACAGCUAACACGAAUUGCACUUCACUGCAGCUUUAGUGUGACUGGUAUAGGCCAAGACACUGCGCCUGCCUUAGGUUGCUGACUUCUUUGUUUCAGAGCUCUGGAGACACCUAGUUUGAAAGUGUUAUUCCGUUUUGUGAGAUCUUAAUAAACGAGGAAAAACAUCUUGAGUAAAUUGCAAUGUGUUUCUUUGGUUAUCAGUCCAUUUGAAAGAUCAAGCCAGCAGAUUCCUUACAGUUUGAACUAAAAUUUAAUUUCUUUGUAGAUGUUUCAGAGCCUUUCUUCCAAAAAAAAAAGUCCCUGCUGUAUGCAAUUGCCCGAUUAACCCUCUCCCUUCUGCAUGUCUCCCUUGUUACAGACAGAUUAUCCUCAUUCCCAUGUGUUAAGACAUAUCCAAAAAAAUGCAAUUGCUUUGUUGAACUCUUACUAAUGAUCUUGUUUUAUUUUCUCUCUUGUUUUUGGUUUUUCACCACUGAUAUUGUAUUUAGAAGGUUUCAGGUGGGUGAAACCUCCUAUUCCAUGCGUAAGGUGCCUCGCUGAAGGGAGCUCGAGGCCUGGAUCUAGGGCAGACACACACCUCCUCCUCCUCUUCCAGCAAGGAACGCACCGAAAAGUCACAUGAUGAGAAAUAUGCGUUCUGCUCUUCUGAUGACGCGCUGUGAUCCUGCAGUAGCGCAAAGGCUGCGCAGCGGUAACGCGCAUUGCGUGCGAUUAAAGCCCCCGUGAACGGUUGACUCGAUGAUUAAUCUGUGAUCGGGCGACUGCCCGAGCUCCAGGCUGCGGCCUUUCGGACAAAAUUGGCUUGUAACGCGUUUACGGAGUCCAGACGUCAAAUUUAACGUGCGAGUUUUGUGUGGGCCUGUCUGGUAGAUUAAUGAUUCUGGUUGGCUGUUCACUGCACUGGGGGCGAUCGCUAGAGCCAAGCAGUUCGCAGCGAUAGCGUGGCGCCGUGCUGGGUAGGAUGCGCAGCGAUUUCUUGCGCUUGCAUUACAGGGACCUAAACCUUCAUGCAAUCCUGUCAUUUGAGGUUUUGAAGCUGCAGGAGAGGUUGAGUUGUAUUUGAAGAAACAAGAUGUGGAUGGGGGGGUGUGUCAUCUCAUUUCACAAGCGCACUUUAAACCGAGGAAUGGCUUUAUCUUUUUCAGUAGGUUUUUUUCUUUUUUUCUUCUUUUUUUUAAUGGAUUUCUGUCUGAUUUAGAAUACUUGAAAAUUUUGUUUCAGAGUAAAGUUGUUUUUACACAGCCUUUUUUUUUAUUUUUACGCACUGAAAGGCAGCAGAUGUUCUGGUGAACUACUGGAAUUGUUUCUAAGACAAUUUUUGGUGGCAAUCUGGUGUCUGAAGGAAUGUUACUCUAUUACCAGCAUAACUGAAAAAUGGUGGGCUUGCACCUGGGUUUUGGUUUGCGCUGGCGCAGGAUCAACAACAGUUUGCAGCGCAUUAGUUUUGGCGCAAGCUAGCCUAUACUGCAGGGUCACUUUUGGCUGGUUAGAGAAUGCAUACUAACAAUUCUUUUUUCUCAUUUUUUUCUUUUUACAAAUAUUCCCCUUCCCUUGUAUCUCUCUUCUUUAACUAUUCCAAGGCCUGUUACUUAAAAGCAAUUGAGACUCAACCAAACUUUGCAGUGGCUUGGAGUAAUCUUGGCUGUGUUUUCAAUGCCCAAGGAGAAAUUUGGCUCGCAAUUCAUCACUUUGAAAAGGCUGUAACACUUGACCCAAAUUUUUUGGAUGCUUAUAUCAAUCUGGGAAACGUUCUGAAGGAGGCAAGGAUAUUUGACAGAGCUGUGGCAGCUUACCUGCGGGCGUUGAGUUUGAGCCCGAAUCACGCAGUUGUGCACGGCAACCUUGCCUGUGUGUACUACGAGCAGGGCCUGAUAGACCUGGCCAUAGACACCUACAGGAGGGCCAUUGAGCUCCAGCCCCACUUCCCUGACGCCUACUGCAACUUGGCCAAUGCCUUGAAGGAGAAGGGCAGUGUGGUAGAAGCAGAAGAAUGCUACAACACAGCCCUUCGACUUUGUCCCACUCAUGCAGACUCACUCAACAAUCUGGCAAACAUCAAACGGGAGCAGGGCAAUAUUGAGGAAGCCGUGCGUCUUUAUCGGAAGGCUCUUGAGGUGUUUCCAGAGUUUGCUGCAGCGCAUUCGAACUUAGCAAGUGUUCUGCAACAGCAGGGAAAGUUACAGGAAGCACUGAUGCAUUACAAAGAGGCUAUUAGAAUCAGCCCCACAUUUGCAGAUGCUUAUUCUAAUAUGGGAAACACUUUGAAGGAGAUGCAGGAUGUCCAAGGAGCUCUGCAGUGCUACACCCGUGCCAUUCAGAUAAACCCAGCUUUUGCUGAUGCCCACAGCAACCUGGCCUCGAUUCACAAGGAUUCAGGGAAUAUACCAGAAGCCAUUGCCUCUUACCGUACUGCUCUGAAACUGAAACCUGAUUUCCCAGAUGCCUAUUGCAACUUGGCCCACUGUUUGCAGAUUGUGUGUGACUGGACAGACUAUGAUGAAAGAAUGAAGAAGCUGGUUAGCAUUGUAGCUGAUCAGCUGGAGAAAAACAGACUGCCUUCUGUACACCCACAUCAUAGCAUGCUGUAUCCCCUAUCUCACAGUUUUAGGAAGGCAAUUGCUGAGAGACAUGGAAAUCUCUGUUUGGACAAGAUCAAUGUUCUUCACAAGCCACCAUAUGAGCAUCCCAAGGAUUUGAAGGCCAGUGAAGGUCGACUUCGUAUUGGUUAUGUGAGCUCUGAUUUUGGAAACCAUCCAACCUCGCACCUAAUGCAAUCAAUUCCAGGCAUGCAUAACCCAGACAAAUUCGAGGUAUUCUGUUAUGCCCUGAGUCCUGAUGAUGGGACAAACUUCCGUGUAAAAGUGAUGGCUGAAGCAAAUCAUUUCAUUGACUUAUCUCAGAUACCAUGUAAUGGAAAAGCAGCAGACCGCAUCCAUCAGGACGGGAUUCACAUUCUCAUUAAUAUGAAUGGCUACACCAAAGGAGCCCGAAAUGAAUUGUUUGCCCUGAGACCAGCACCUAUUCAGGCAAUGUGGCUAGGGUAUCCUGGAACCAGUGGGGCAUUGUUCAUGGAUUAUAUCAUCACAGAUAAAGAAACUUCACCAGUUGAGGUGGCUGAGCAGUAUUCAGAGAAAUUAGCUUACAUGCCAAACACUUUCUUUAUUGGAGACCAUGCCAACAUGUUCCCCCAUCUGAAGAAAAAAGCAGUCAUUGAUUUCAAGUCCAAUGGUCAUAUUUAUGAUAACAGGAUUGUUUUGAAUGGCAUUGACUUGAAGGCAUUCCUGGACAGCCUUCCUGAUGUCAAGAUCGUUAAGAUGAAGUGUCCUGACAGUUGUGACAACGCCGAUGGCAAUGCCGCCCUCAGCAUGCCAGUGAUCCCCAUGAACACCAUUGCAGAGGCUGUGAUUGAGAUGAUAAAUCGGGGGCAAAUUCAGAUUACUAUCAAUGGCUUCAACAUCAGUAAUGGAUUAGCAACUACUCAGAUAAACAACAAAGCAGCAACUGGGGAAGAGGUUCCACGGACUAUAAUUGUUACUACCCGUUCUCAGUAUGGCUUACCAGAGGAUGCUGUUGUGUACUGUAACUUCAAUCAGCUCUAUAAGAUUGAUCCUUCCACCUUGCAGAUGUGGGCUAAUAUCCUAAAAAGAGUUCCCAACAGUGUGCUGUGGCUGCUACGUUUCCCAGCUGUAGGAGAGCCCAACAUCCAGCAGUAUGCACAAAACCUGGGUCUUGCCCAAAACCGAAUCAUCUUUUCACCUGUUGCCCCCAAAGAAGAGCAUGUGAGGAGAGGGCAGUUGGCUGAUGUUUGUCUGGACACUCCCCUUUGCAAUGGGCACACAACUGGCAUGGAUGUGCUCUGGGCUGGGACUCCAAUGGUCACUAUGCCAGGGGAGACUCUUGCCUCACGAGUUGCUGCCUCACAGCUCACUUGCCUGGGUUGUCUUGAGCUCAUUGCAAAAAGCAGACAGGAGUAUGAGGAUAUUGCUGUGAAACUGGGAACUGACCUGGAAUACCUGAAAAAAAUCCGUGGCAAAGUCUGGAAGCAGAGAAUAUCCAGCCCUCUGUUCAACACGAAGCAGUACACCAUGGACCUGGAGCGGCUGUACCUGCAGAUGUGGGAUCACUGCGCUGCGGGCAACAAGCCCGACCACAUGAUCAAACCCGUGGAGGCCAGCGAGUCUGCAUGAGGAGAGACUGGCCUGCCCUCCAGGAACUCUCCAGGAACUGAGCCUCUCCAACACUUGUGCAGAGAUGAUGAGCUAAAAACUGUGCAUUUCUACUUAAUCUGCCUGGUACUCUGUGGCUGAAGUAAUACAUGAUGGUGAUUAAAGCACAGCCAGACUUAUUUCUUGCAUGAUAGGGAAAGACUCAAUAGAGCCUGGGAUCCUUUUAUUCCAUGAGGAAUUUGAAUGGGAUUGAGCCGUGUACAUGUGAGCCUGUGUGUAUGAGUGACAAAGUGGUUGCUGGGGGAAGUUUGAACUGCCCAACAAGUUUAUGAUAUCAUGGAUUGAUUUAAUCUUCCUACAAACCUCUCUCCUUUUAUGUGGAUUGGGAAUUGGAGCGUUUUAACAUUUGAUUUUGGGUACUCCUGUUGGUAUAUAUGUGGUUCUCCCAUGACAAGAUUUCCAGCUAGCGAGUUGCUCCCCGUGUUAAUUUCUAAACUGCGUGGACUGAAAGGGCGUAUGUGCUGGUGUAGUCUUUUUUUAUAGGUUUUAUAAACCACUUGAGCCUAUAUCAGCCUUUUAAUGUUUGACCUCUGUUUUGGAGCUCUCUCUGUAAUGUGUUGGUUAAGACAAGGACUUUUGUUUGUUUUGUUUUGUUUUGUUUUUUAAGCUUCUCCAAUAAUUCAGCUAAUUGGCUUCAUGAUGGCAGCUCCUAUUCUGUUAAAAAACCAAAUUUGAUUUGAAAUUAAUCCCUCCCACAAGUGUUUGAGGUGAACACAAACUGGUGCCAAAUACAGAUCUUUCAGGAAUGAUUGUUAAUUAUGUAUAGGGGUGCAGUCCUAGGUACUGUAGCAAAGACUUUAAAAAAAAAAAAAAUAAAGCUUUGGUUUGCCA